CCCCCCCCCCCCCUUCGUCGCCAUGGAAGCCCUCACCCCCAACACUGCUGCCUUUCUCGACUCGCUCACCUAUGAUGCAAUCAAGACCGAGCCUGAAAUCGUUUCAAUGCCACCCUCCACCUUUUUCCCAGUCCCAGGCCGCGACACUCCAGAGGAUUCGUCGCCCGACUCUGUGGCUCCCAAGCACAUGAAUCUCGUAGUCUCAGACGAUUCUGACAACGAGCAGGGUAAUGGCAUCAGCCACAAGCGCAAGGCUUCUGGCGCUCACGCUGCACACGUCGACGAUGAUGGAGACGAAUCCCUUUCCGACACGGCCCACGAUGAUAAGCGUCAGCACAAUGACAAGAAAUCGGGCGGCCCUCGCAAGUCCACGGACACCAAGAAGGGAGAGAAGGGAGGCAAGGACACAGCCACGACCAAGGCGCAGCGGCGUAAAGAGCAGAAUCGUGCCGCCCAAAAGGCCUUCCGAGAGCGCCGUGAGGCAAAAGUUCGAGACUUGGAGCAGAAGGUAGCGGAGCUCGAGGCCAAGUCGUUUGGUGCCUCCGUCGAGAACGAGAACCUGCGCAACAUCCUCAAGAGGCUACAGGAGGAGAAUGUUGCCUUGAAGCAGGCUUCAUUUACCUUCUCUAUGCCAGUAAAUGGCCAGGCCUCGAACGGGCAACAGACCCCGACGCAGCCGGCAUCUGUCAAUGGUACGACCACCAACGGGGCUACCAAUGGCCAGUCUGCCCCCCCCGGCAUUGACUGGUCCCAAUUUGCGACAUUGAGCAGGAAGCCACCUUCUCCCCCUCACAGCGUAUCCAACGACAGUUUGCGGAGCAUCAAUGACCCAUCCCCUCAACUACCCCACCGCAACUCGAGUGGGUCGGGGGCUAGUCCCGAGUCUCUGUUCUCGCUGGGGCCCAGUCCCGACAACAGGAUGCCUAGUCUGUUCAGCGCCAGUAGCAAUGCGGCAAACAACGCCGCUGCCCAGACUGCAUUCCAAGAGGCGCUCAAGCGGCAGAACAGCAACGCUAGUCCGAACGAGCAGCUGUCGACGCCAAGCUCAAUUGGUGGCUCCAACAAGGAGGACGUCGAGGCCCUCUUCCGGAGCUUCUACCCCAACGGCAUCGACAAUGUGCUUGCCAACAUAAGCAAUGCCACCGGCAUCUCGCCUAGCAUCAACAGUCUACCCAACAUGCAGACACAGAUGCCGCAGUAUACAUUCUUGACUCAAACACCCGGUUUGACAUCGCAGGCGGACACCUCGUCAAACGCGUUCGCCAAGCUCUUCGGUGACGCCACCUCGUACCGCGACCCCUCGAACGGCGCCACCACAAGCAACCAGACCUCGAAUGUCAACACCUCGUCCAACAACUUCUCGAGCCUCGCCAACCAGUCGCAGUGGGCCGACCUCACCGACAACAGCGUCAAUGACUUCCUCAAUUCACUUGCUGGCAGCAGCAAGAAUGUCGAUCCUUCUGAUCUCACAGGAGGAGCGGAUGAUGAGGCGUUCUCUCGGCAGCUCGAGGCUCUCAUCGCGCAGUCUGGAGGUGUGUCUCCGGAGUCUGCAUUCAACCUCGCUCCCAGCAACGCUUUCAGCCCGACCAAUUACCUCAACAUGUCACCGUCGCCCUUGCGUUCGUUGUCUAGCUCGCAGUCGCCAAGGUCUGGCACAGACGCGACCUCACCCCAGUCGGACAUCAAGAGCCCGAGCUCCAUGGUCAAUGGCGCCAUGUGCGACUCGGGCGUCAUACACGUUCUAUCGGAAGACGGUCGCGUUAUGCGUCCUUCUGAGAUCUGGACACGCAUGGGAAUGCACGACUCUGAUCCUCAGGAUCUGAUGAUUGACGACCUGUGCGAUCAGAUGAAGGAGAAGGCUACUUGUAAAGACGGUGAGUUUCAUACGCCAUCGCCAUCUAAUGACAGGAAAACGGUAUAUGAAGUACGACGACGUCGAGGUGAUGAUGCGCCUGCGGGCCGAGGGCGUGGACGAAGGGACCACAGAGGCUCAGCCUGAGCCGACCACGGCUUCU